AUGAUGAUUCAUUCAACAGAAGGUGUGAAUUCAAAUAAAAAUUAAAAGGCUAUUUUAAGAAAGGGUCAUAAUCAUCCAAAUUUAUUGAAUUAAAGAAAUUUAUCAGAGUAGAGGAAUAUUUAAUAUAAGCCUACAUAGCAGCAACAUAAUGGCUUAUUGUUAGAGCAUAAUAUUAGUCAACAAGAAAAUAUAUAAUUUAAUGUAAAUAGAAUCCAAUAGGGUUCUUCAUGUUAGAUUUAGUAUUUCUUUCCUAAAUCAGUUAAAAGAGGAGCAAGAAAUAGAACUCCUGGCAAUGAAAGUAAAAGUGGAUUUUCAAUAAAUAGCUUGAAUGACAAUGAAUAAUAAAACAUAUUAAUUCAUGCUAAAAGCGGCGAUUGUGAUUUUAAAACUACCUAAGCUUAAUUCUGCGAAGUUGAUAUAAAUUUGUUGCAAAAGAGAGAUAUAUCAAGGAAACCAGUUUCAAAUAGUGUUGCUCAAUCUCUGGCUACAAAAAAUGUGAAUGAUUUAAUGAAUCAACAAAAAAGGUCUUCAUCAUCAAAAGCAAUUUCAUCUAAUAAUACAAAUAAUUUAAUAUCUACUCAAGUUAUUCUUUAAGAGAGUUAAAAUAGUAGAUAGUAGAUGUCAUCUGCUUAAAAAGGAUAAUCAAGAACUCCUAAAAAUAAUAAAACAAAAUUAAAUUCUUAAUUAACACCAUCUCUUGAAAGAAAGAAGAAUUCAAAUUCAGUGAUUUCAAAUAAACGAUCAACUUCAAUUAACAAGCAAGUAGCUUAAUAGCCUAGCUAAGGAUCCUAAAAAAAGAAUGAUAAUAAGCCAAUAGUUAUCCAGUAACAAAGUAAACAACCCUAGCUUAGAUUAGCUUCAAAAUCUUCCUUAUAAAAAAAUAGAAAAUCUGAGUCUAUACGCUACAGGAUUAAGACUGUUGGUAACGAAGAAGAUGAUUCAGAUGAGGGAUUCAAUCCUGAAAUUAUUAAUUUAAAUAAUUUAGAAGAUAAUGACACACCAUUGAGUAAAUUUAAAGAUGUUAUUCUCUCUAACUAAAAAUAACAACCAAGCGAUUUAUUGAAUCCUCCAAGAUACCCUCCAAAAAUAAAAUUUCAAAGAGAUGUAGGCAGAGUUCAAGGAAACAUCUAGGAGUGCACUGUACUAAAAAAUUUCCUAAAUUAGGGUGAACAUAAGCUACAAUAGUAAAAAGGAAAUAGUAAUUAAAGUAUUUAGCUAAAAUAAAAAGAUGCAACAGAUAAAUCUCCAAAUGCCAAAUUAAUUAACUCUAAAUAAGUAAAUAUGAGUGGAAAUUAGCUUGUAAAAACUGAAAAUUAAGGAGUGGAAGUAAAUCGAAUUAGAGCUAUUUCUUCAAACGGUGUAAGAAAAAGAAUUUUGACAAAAAGCAAUGAAAAGCUAAGAACAAAUUUGCAUAUAAAUACAGACAAUUAUUGUGAAAUCGAUUUACCUCAAUAAAGUUUAUAUUAAGCUGGUGGAGCAGCCACUACAACUCUAGAUUCCAAAGGGUCGACAAAGCAUACAAAUACUAUUAAAUUUUCAAGUAGAAUAGACACACAAAGUCUGUUCAACAACAAUAAAGCUUAGUUAAAUAAUAAUCCAAAAUUGGUAAAAGUUAAUUCUUCUAGUGAUAAAGGUAAUUAAAAUAGAGCUUAGAGGAUAAAAACUGAAGGAGAUGAAGUCUCCUUACCAAAUUACUCUCCAAGUAAUCCAAAGACAUACAAUGUCAAUAACUAUUUACAUCUUUCUAACAAACUAGAAGAGGAUAGAUUAUUUAAGCAAGAUAAUUUUCUUGUUUAGUAUUAACCUUAAAGUAAUAAAUCUCAUAAUAGUGAUGUUCUACUUUUUACAUCUCAAAAAAAAUCUUCAAAUAAAUCUAACUAAGAUAUUAAAUAUUUAGAAAGCGAUUAACAAAAAUAAUGUGCAACAAAUUAAGUAUAAGAAAAUACAAUUUAAAGUGAUUAAAUAAUUUCUCCUUAGUUUUAAAAAUUAAGAUUUAAAAAUACUUAAGCUAUAACAUAUGAGAGAAACUAUUCUGCAGAUGGAACUAGAAACAAAUAAAAUUAAGAUCUUAAUAGCAAUUUAAAAUAAUUAAAGAAAAAAAAAUUAAUGAUAAAAACUAUUAAUCCAUAUAAAUCAGAAGAGAAAAAGGAAAUUUCUUCUUAAUCUGAAACCCCAUCUAGCGCUCAUAGCUCAAUUAUGUUCAGUAGUAUUGGAAACAAUAAUGGAAUAUUAACUAAAAAUACUGAUACUUUCUCUAAAAGUCCUUUGAGUUUAAGGAAAUCAGAUGGUGUUAAUAUUGUGAAAAGCCACAAUUAGUAAGGAAUACUAUAAUCUCAGUUUAGUAGUGGCUAAUAAAAUUUUGAAAACCAAUAAAAUGUGAGAGAAAGCAUAGCAAGUGAUUAUUAAUCUAAUUAAAUUUAUCAGAGUGUUUAACAUAAUUAUUCUAGUAAAAAAAUGGUUGAUUGGAUAGAAAUAACAAGCCCAAACAACAUCCAUUUAAGCUCUGAUUAAAACUCUAAUGCAAUUAUAGAUAAUAAGAAACAACAAAAAAUCAUGCUACGUCCAACAAAAGUUACAUCAAACGAAAGAAAAAAUAACAAUAAUAGUAGUAAUGGAAGCAGAUCACAAAUAAAAUAAUUAUGCAACACUAACUCAAAUAAUAACAUACUUUAAUCUUCAUAAAAUAUAGCAAAUAAUCAAAUUUUAUAUAAUAGUAAUAAUUAAUAAAUUAAUUAAAAGGGUUAUUUUUCCGUUCCUAUGCAGCUAAUAGCAGCUCCUUAGCAAAAUCUUUACUAGGAAAGUGGUUAGUAGAAAAAUUACUUUUCAUCCCAAAAAUUUACAAACGAAUUUCGACUCUCUGUUGAGACAUUUCAGCCUUCAGAAAAAAAAGAUAAAAAUUAAUCUACAAACUCUCUUUUAUCUUCAUCUAACAAUAAUAAUCCCAAUUUUAAUAUAAUUUUCAACUCCAAUAAAUCAAAUGAUGCUAAGGAACUAAAAACAAUAAAAUAACAGAUAAAUUUUUAUUCUAAUAUUGAUGAGGAUUAAUAAAAGCAAAAAUAAAUUUUAGAUUCCAUAAAAUCUGAUGCAAUGAAAAGCAUAUUGAGAUAAUCCUUAGAAAAAGGAAAAGAUUAAUCACAAUUCUAAUCAGAUUCUAUCUAAGAAUUGUAAAAAGACCUCCAUGAAAUGAAACUAAAUGUUUAAAUAGAAAAUAUGAAUUAAAAUUUUGCUACUUUAAAUAAAAACUUGAAGGAAAUGAACAAUGACUUAAAUUUAGAAUACUCAAAUAUCAUUCCAAGAGAUUCUAGAAGUAAUAUUUUAGAAAAUAUAGACAGCUAUCAUUUUGAUAAAAUUCCAGAAAAUGAUAGUAAUAAUCAUUCUAAAAGUAUAAUUAAUUGUCACGUUAGUAUUUUAAAUAAUAACUAGUAGGAUUCUUUUAAAUACACAAACGAAACAAGCUAAAAUGAUAAUUAACAAGCUGAAAAAAUGCAGUAACUAGUUAAUAAUUUUGAUUUUUCUGAUAUUUAAGAGGGACCUGAUGAUAAAGAUAUUAUGUCGUAAUUAGAAAAAGAAAAAACUGAGUUUGAGUAAAAGCUAUUGUAAGAAAAAAUAAAAUUUGAACAAAGAUAGCAGCAAUUAAAAUAAGAGUUCAUUUAUUAAAAAUAAAAACUGAUUUAGUAACAGUAAAUGAGACUAAAAAAUAGCAAUGGGCAAGCUAGCUCAGUAAAAAAUUAAUUUGAAUAAAAUUAAUCUAAAAACAACAGCUUACAAAAUAAAGAAGAUAAUUUUGCUCUUUCUCCUUUUUCUAGUUAAGAACAACAAGACGUAAAAGAACAAAACCAUAACUAGUAAAGAUAAAAUUUAAAUAUGAAAAAAAAUAACUCUUUUACACAAUAUCCUAGUAACUGUGGAUAAAAAAUGUUGUAAUUUGCUGAUAAAAGCUUAGACUUAAGCUUCACUAAAAAUCCGAAUUUAGAAAAUGAUGUUUCAAAGCUAUUUAGACAAGAAUAGAUAAGUCAAAUACUUCCUGAGAGUUAAUGCUCUUUCCUAAGCGAGGUCGAAAAUAUAUUAGAAACUAAUAACAACUCUAAUUUAUUUACAAAUGGAGGAAACUAAGCCAUGAAAAAUUAAAAUAUUCAUUAAGGUUUUAACUAAGAUGGAAUAAAUGUAAUAAACCUAUAAAACUAAUCUUCAGCAAAAAAUAUCAGCCAAAGUACUAAGUUCUAAGAAAAUCAAUCAGCAAUAUAAAAGUAAAACUUUUUCCCUACUAUCAGUCCUCAAUCUUCCUCUUAAAGUUUAUCAGAUAAAUAAUAUAAGCACAUGAAUUCUAAUAAUUAACAAUUUCCUAAUAUUCAUAUAAAUGCAAAUAUGGUUAACAUUCCUAAAUAAUAAAGAAAGAAUAAUUUUUAAAUACAUGAAUAAAUUUAAUAAUAGCUAGUUAUUGAAGAGCAAGAUUGUGAGCAAUCUUAAGACUCAUCAAUACAGAUAUAAUACCAUCAAUAAAACAAAAUUGCCAAUUUCAAUUCAUAAAAUUCAAAUAGAAUGCCUCCUCUUCCUCUUAAUGUAGGAUAACUUCAAAAAUUAAAAAAAAAUAAUUUAUGCUAAACUUCAUAAAAAUUUUCAAACUUAAAGAAUUGA